AUGGAACAGCAGCCAAGCGCGUGGCAAGUGCCACAGCAGCAGCAGCAAGAAGCGCAACAAGCGCAACAGUUGCAGCCACGCAAGGAGGAGUUGCAUGUAUUUGUGGGCGGUGGUGCACGCCCCACAGUCUACCGCUUGACGCGUCGCAAGCUUUGGCUCUGGCUCUUUCUGCUGCUCAUUGCUGGCUGUUUGCUGAUUCUGCUGUUUGCCUAUUGGGAUGCCAAGCGACUGCUGCCCAGCGCUCCAGGUGCGCUCUCGCUGCAGCUGGAGUCGGAGGUGCGCGUGCUCUGCUGGGUGCUAACCACGCCCAAGUACCACAAGACGCGAGCGGUGCAUGUGCUGCGCACGUGGGGCAAGCGCUGCAACAAAAUCUACUUCAUGACCUCCGAGCCGGACGAUGAGCUGGAGACCAUUGUGCUCAGCAAGCCGGACAAGUACGAGCUGCUCUGGGGCAAGACCAAGGAGGCAUUCACUCACAUCUAUGAGCACAAGCUGCAUGAGGCCGAUUGGUUCAUGAAGGCCGAUGACGAUACCUAUGUUUUCAUGGAGAAUCUGCGCUACAUGCUUUAUCCCUAUUCGCCGGAGCUGCCCAUUUACUUUGGCUUUAACUUUAAGCUAAUGGACAGCGAGCUGAAGAAUGCUUCUUACAUGUCCGGCGGCAGCGGCUACGUGCUGAGUCGUGAGGCGCUGCGUCGCUUUGUGCACGGGCUGAACGACAGCAGCAAAUGUCGAGAGCAGGACGAUCAUGCGGAGGACAUGGAGGCGGGUCGCUGUCUCCACAAUGUGGGCGUGCUCGCUGGCGAUUCACGCGACGCAAAGAUGCGCAAUCGCUUUCAGCCCAUGGCGCCGUACUCGACACUCAUCUCGAGUUACUAUGGACUGGACUUUUGGUACUUUAAGUACGCUUAUUAUAAUCCACGCACGUGCAUGGACUGUCUGUCCGACUAUCCGGUGGCCUUUCAUUAUGUUUCGCCGGCAGAGCAAUAUGUCUAUGAUUACUUCAACUAUAAAUUUGAGCUGCAUGGCCGACGGCGUUACAAAGAGCAGCUGCCGGCCAAGCUAACAGCAGCUGAGCAGCUGGUUAUACCAGCAGCGGAUAAUGCGUUUUAGUUGUAGUUUGUAGGCGUCAAUAAAGAAUUUGAUU